AACUGAAAAAAGAAAUGAAAAAAUCAGCACCAAAUAUUUCGAAGAAGUAAAACGUUGCUUCCUCACAUUCCCUUCUGCUUUGAACAUUCGCAGAAGACACAGAAACUCCAGCGCCAAACACUUCACGCAGAUACACACAAACCCCAAUUCCGACUCUGCGCGCAGAACAUUCUAGAAUUCUCCAGAACCUUUGAGAGUGGAGCUCCUCCUUUUCUGAGCUGAACUGGAGCUAGGGUUUCGAUUUUAUUGGCCAAGUGCAUGCUCUUGAAGUUCUUUUACCUGGGAUCUGAAUAAAUUUCUUAAUGGGAGAAAAAGUUAUGGCAUAUCAAAAGGGCUGCCUUGAUGCUUUGAGAGAGGUUAUGUGAAGCAGUAUGACUCUUGAAGAUUUUUUUACGUUGACUGAAAUGAAAGAUGGGCUCACAGCCCCUUCUCGAGUACAGGAGUUGGUUUCUGUAAUGCAGAAUGAGCAAGAUUGUGUAGUUAAGAAUGCUGGUGAUGCAACAAGGCAGUGGGCUGCUGUUGCAAGCACCAUUGCUGCUACAGAGAAUAAAGAUUGUCUUGAUCUUUUUAUUCAAUUAGAUGGACUUUGGUACAUCAAUAGGUGGUUAAAUGACGCUCAGAAUUUGGGUACUGAUACAAAUGAUGGCUUCAUUGAAGAGUCAAUUACUGCAAUGUUGCGAGCAGUUGAAAAACUAUAUCUAGACAGGGAGAAGUCAAUUUCAUCUGGAAUUCGGGUAACUGUAAGUAAACUUCUUGGCCAUCAUAGCUCCAAGGUUCAGGAUAGAGCAAGAGUAUUAUUUGACAGCUGGAAAGGAGACAGGGAUGGAGAGGCUGAACCUCAUGAUGAUACAAAUCUUGGUAGAAUCAACAGUGUGAGUGAUAAGAUUGUUGGGCUGGAAGGCCAGCCAUCUUCUGUGAAUGAAGCCGGCAAUGCCGAUGAUCACGCAUCUCGACUUACUGGAGGUGAGAAGACUCAAUUGAGAAACUGUGAUAGUCAGCUACAUGAAAAAGUUUCAACCAUGCAGAUAGAAAGUUUGGACAAUGCACUCCAGCCCUCUGUAAGUUUGGAUUGUGAAGAUAUCAAAGAGAGAUCAAACCAUGUUGAUAGUGUUUUGAUAUCUGUUCAAGAAGUUGCUACCAUGAAUGAAGGUGAGGACACAUUGGCUGGGACAUGUAACUUACCUGUUACUAAACAAGGCAGUUUCAAAGGUCAACUAGAUGACAUACGGUUAAAUGAAUCAUCCAAAAAGGAGAAGCAAAAUCAAAAUGUUAAUGGUCCUCCUGAAGAGUUAGGAGCACCAGAUAUCUCUUCAGCAUCUGCAAAGCUGGAGCCUGAACCUGUUUCCGUUGGUGAUAUUAAAGCAAAAGUGCUGGAAUCUGUGAAAGAACCUGUUUUAGAACAUAAUGUUGAAAGCAAUGAAGAUGUUUGUCAUAAAGUAAUUGAUUCUGGUAGCACGAGAUCACCUGCAUCUGAUGGGACAAGUGGGGGGAAUGAUGUCAGAGCUAUAAAUUCAAGCAAUCCACAAAUUUUGAAAGCAUUAGAAAAUGAUGAUGACCAUUGUUCUAAUGCAUUACAGGACUCAUCAGUCAGUGGCAGUAACUUGGAAAAGCCUGACAUGUUGGAGAUGUCUUUCCCCAAAGCAGAAUAUGUUAGAGCAGUAAAGGAAGACAAGGAUCGUGUUUCUGAUCAAGGUGAUGAUACCUCAAAUGGUUCUGCUUCUUUUAAAUGGGGUAAAGGUCCGAGAAGCCCUAACAUUAUUGACAAGAGUUCUGACAUGGAGCUUGAGUAUGGUAUUGUUGAUGCUUUAGAACUCGCUCGACAAGUUGCCCAAGAAGUUGAGAGAGAAUAUGUCACAGUAAAGGAAGGGAAGGACCAGGUUUCUAAUCAAGGCGACAACACCACAAAUGGUUCUGAUUCUUUUAAGCGGGGAAAAGGUUCCAGAAGCCCUAAUGUUAUUGACAAGAGUUCUGAUAUUGAACUUGAAUAUGGUAUAGUUGAUGCUUUAGAAGUCGCUCGACAAGUUGCUCAAGAGGUUGAGAGAGAAGUUUGCAGCUCUUCUUCAGAGAAAAUCUCCGAAGGGGGAAUCAGGCAGGCAGGCAGCCAUGAUAAGGAUGAACUCACUCAUGUCCUACCUGAGGAGGUAUCAUCCAGGCAAAGCAAUUCUACUGAAGCAUGUUCUGUAGAGGAGGGGCAUAUGAGUGUUUCAGAUAAUAUUGAGGCUGGGCCACAAUGCAUACCUGACUUGGAGUCCUCACAGGUGACUGAAGCAGCUCAAGAUGCAGGAGAUAAUUCAGAGAAAAGCCUCUGUACCUUUGAUCUCAAUCUCAAUGAAGUUGGUUCUGAUGAUAUGGAUGUUUCUGUAAAUGCUAUGUCUACUGCACCAAUACCUGUUGUCUCUGCUUCAAAACUUGCACAGAUUUCUGGCUUCCCCCCAGCCCCUUUGCAGUUUGAGGGGACCCUUGGGUGGAAAGGAUCAGCUGCCACCAGUGCCUUUCGUCCUGCAUCACCUCGCAAAAAUUCUGAUAACGAGAAAAAUGUUUCUGUUGGUGGAAACUCUAAUAUUUCCAAGCAGAGGCAGGGUUGCCUUGACAUUGAUCUGAAUGUGGCUGAGGGUGAAGAAGGAUUGGUAAAACAAAUUGGUGAAUCUUCAGGCCUUCCUUCUGGGCAAUCAUCCGUGGAACUUAGUCCUAAAAGGUCAAGCAGGUUCGAUUUGGAUUUAAACAGUAUUGGUGAUGAUGGUGAUGCCCAACCCUCAGAUCAGCGGAUGGAGGGGCAGCUCUUUUCUGGAAGAAAUGGCUAUUGGAGCCCCUCACCUGCAUCAUCGUCAUCAUCAAUGCAACCUUCAGUUCGAAACAUUGAUUUGAAUGACAGACCAUACUUCCAAACUGAUUUGGUGGAGCAAGGGCAUAGCAAGUCAUCUUCAAUUAUUGAAGCAAAUAAACUUUCUAAAUCAGAUGCUCCUGUGAUCUCUCUUUUGGGGGCCAAGGUGGAAGUUGGUAGAAGAGAAUAUGUUCCUCAAAAUUGGUCUUUGCCAAAUGGCAAGGCUAUUGAGCCUUCAAUGGAUCUUACAAUGUCAGGAGGUGGUGGCAUUUUGGGAAUGGGCCCCACAGUAUCCUACAAUCGUUCAAGUGUUUUUGGGUAUAAUGGACUGACACCAGCUCCUGGUUUGUCUUUUUCGUCAGCCAUGUAUGGGUCAUCUGGUGGCACAAUUCCGUGCAUGGUGGACUCAAGAGGAGCUCCAGUUGUGCCUCAAGUGGGGGGAUCAUCCUCAACCGACCUGUCAUCUUAUACUCAGCCUCCAUUUAUCAUGAGCAUGGCUGGUACACAACUUGGUUUAAAUGGAGUUGGAUCUUCACGUCCCAACUUUGAUCUAAACUCUGGCUUCGUGAUUGAUGGUGGGAAUAGAGACGCAUUGGCUGCAAGGCAAUUUUUCUUUCCUGCUCAAGGUAGAGGAGCUAUGGAGGAGCAUGUAAGGACCUUUCCACAAUCCUCAAGUUCUGGAGUUGGUGUGAAAAGAAAAGAACCGGACGGUGGCUGGGAAACCUAUCCGUUCAGCUACAAAAAUCAGCAACCUCCAUGGAAGUAGCCCAAAUUUAUGCUUUUGUCUCUUCAUCUGUUCUCAGAUACAGCCUACCGAUUGAUGUGCUUUUAUUAUUACUCAAGUUAAUCCUGAAGAGUGGGCCAAUCCAUUGGAAUCCUUUGAUAAGACGAACCAGAACUCAAUAAAAGGCAGAGGAUCGUGGAUGUAAUAUUAUUCAUGAUAUUAAUUGGCAAAGGGGGGGAAUUAGUUUUUUUAAUCUUUCUUUUUCUGUUUUUCCUUUCCUGCAGUUUCAUAGAAAGUCAGUAGCUGUAAUUUCUCUUUCAUAUGUCAAAGAAAUUAUAGUCAUAGUAUCGUGUUUCUCACUGUAAGUGGUACUUGAGUACAUGGCCACAAAUUUAGUUGAUUUAGUGAGUUUUCAUCAUCAAGUAAUAACCUGUAAAGAGAAAGCGUUGUGUUCAAAACUUUUCCGCUUACAUAAAAUACAGUCUAACCGAUACAAGUUGUCUUUCGUCAAAUCAUGCUCUUAGUUAUGUCUUUGGCUUCAUUUUGAAUGACGUUUAUUAGCCCCAAUUUCCCAAUUUGUGCAUGACUGAUCCCUAGACUAAAUAUGUUUUCUUUGACAGCUGCAACCUCAUCCUGUGCUAGAUUCAUCAGCUGUUAUUGUCAGAAACAAGGCGUAUAUUACCCAUCGUGGGAUUGUCUUUGGAUUAAUGGUAGCAUUUUGCAUUUUAAAGUGGCCUCAACCUUGGUGAUGAUGAUUAGUUUUGUGGGUGAGUGAAUUUACUGCAACAGUCGUCUAUAUAUGUCCAAAGCGUACAAAUUAAUCAUUGCCCUUGAAAUUGUGAUCAGCAACUGUUCUGGAAAGGAUACAACUUGUGCAUUCUGACUGAAUCCUUAGUGUAUUAAUUUCUGUGAUGUAAACUAAUUCGGGGGUUUGGAGUUCAUUUUGCAAAGAUGGGCAACAAGAUUUCAUUUUGCAAAGGAUUGUAAAGGUUGAAUGAAUUCAUUUAUCUAUGUGAUUCUAC